AGGUUGGGAAGAGCUUGCGUGCGCUCAUAACACCGCCUGACUCCGCCCCUGCAAAGUUCGGCGAAAGAGGAAGAAAAGCGCCGGGCGCGCUCCGGGCAGUGGGUGACCCCUUUCGGAAGCAGGAGGGCGAAAGGAAAGAGAAGAAAUCGAGGGGAUCGCUCCCCGCGGGGCGCAGCGUACACCAUCUGGGGGAUCUCUCCAGCUCGGGGAGAGGAGACGGUGGAGAGGGAUCGGGUCCCUUCCCCGCCGCACGUCGAUCUUUUUGGAGCCGAUGAAGUGGUGCCCCCACUAGCGCGGGCUGGCUGCUUCCAGGUUUCCCCCUCGGCAUCCCUGCAGAGAGAAAGAGUCGCCCAGGCCCUGGAAUUUCUCUCGUAUGAAUUGCUGGAGCGCCCCGCGAGCCGCAAACAUGUCCUUGGACGACAUUCAGAUGAACUCGGAGGACUUUUUGCAAAAAGAGCAGCUGGACGCCGGUGGGUUUGGAAUGGUUUCGUUGUGUUACCACAAGAGGCAUGGGCUUGUGGUGCUGAAAACGGUGUACACGGGGCCUCAGCGCACAGAGUGUAACACGUCCCUUCUCGAAGAAGGCAAGAUAAUGCUCAGACUAAACCAUGAGCGUGUGGUGAAGCUACUGGGCAUCAUUUUGGAAGAUGGCAACUACUCCCUGGUGAUGGAAUAUGUACGCAAAGGAAACCUGAUGUCCGUACUAAAGGCAACCUCUAUUCCUUUGUCCGUGAAGGGGUGCUUCAUCCUAGAGAUCAUUGAAGGAAUGCUUUACUUAACUGAACAGGGCUUAGUUCACAAGGACCUAAAACCAGAAAAUAUCCUUGUAGAUGAAGACUUUCAUAUUAAGAUAGCAGACCUUGGCGUUGCCCGUUUCAAAAGCUGGAGCAGGCUGACUAAAGAGGAGAGCAUCCGGAAGAUGAAAAUCAACUGCAGCUCGAAGAGCAACGCCGGCACCCUUUUUUACAUGGCCCCAGAACAUUUGGCAUCAGUUAACACCACUCCUGUGGAAAAAUCAGACGUGUACAGCUUUGGCAUAGUAUUAUGGGCCAUCUUUGCCAACAAAGAACCCUAUGAGAAUGCUUUGACUGAUGCGCAAAUAUACUUCUGCAUCAUGAAUGGGGAUAGGCCUCUCAUAGAGGAGAUUGAAGAAAGUUGCCCAGGAGAGAUCAUUACACUAAUGAAACAAUCUUGGAGUCAAAAGCCGGAGGAACGACCAACUUUUGCAGAAAUCAAUUUGACAUACAAGCCAUUUUAUCAGCAGAACUUUGAAAAGGAUGUCGAAGAUGACUUGAGAAAGUUAAAAGAAAAGUACCCUGAGCCAACGGAACUUAUAAAAAGGAUGCAGUCUCUCCAAGUGGAUGCCAUGGCAGAACCACCAAGCAAUGGCCGGAUGGAUCUGCCCGGCUCCCUGCACAGCUCUCCGUGUCCUGAGGCAAGCAACACCGUAGAUGAAGGCAUGUUUGCGGCUUGCCCGGUCAACGAACCUGUGGAGAGCUGCGAAACAUCCUUGGAACCUCCAGUGACCUUGGAGCGGAAACUGCAGGACGAGCUGAACUACCACCUGCAUGGCAGCAGGAUGGACAAGGCGGAAGGCCGUUCCGUGCCGCACAGUGCUGAAAUGCUGGAGGAGGAGAGGAGGAGGAAGGUGUCUCACGACCCGUAUGCAAAGGCACCUGCCGCCCGACUGAUGCAGGAGUCCCACCUGAGAUCUGCGGACCUGUACAAUCGUCAGUGGAAACCAUCGCCAAUCAGAGCUACUCCAGAAAGGGGAAAUAAUAUCCUGCUGAAUCCAGUUAGGCACUAUGGGCCCGGACCUGCAAAUCUCAGAGCAUCUGUAAGCCCAGAAGAUCUCUACGGAUCAGCCAAUCCCUUUAGCUUCAAUAAACCGCCUGUACCUGAAUCUGGUGUGGAUCGUCAACCUAACCCGUUCAGGCCUUACUAUUUUGGCAAAAGCUUCAGUGCAGAAACUGAUCCAGAGGAAUCGACCUCUUUUAUGAAGACAAACUUCGCCCAUACGCCUAUACACAAAGAGAAUUCAGGAGAACCUGCAAGCUACAAUAUAUAUAAUAGUAGUGCAAUUCAGAUAGGCUCUCACAACGUCUUAACCAUUAGACAAAAGCCUCAACAAAUAUGUACUAUGCCGGAAAAUACUCAUUAUAAUCCUGCAGAUUACCAGAAACUGUUUGAGAACGCUGCUCUCGUUUCAGAAGUGCAACUGAACCUCGUGAGAGAUAAUAUGGGAAAGAAGUGGAAACCCACUGCACGGCAGCUGGGCUUCAGCGACCCUGACCUGGAGGAAAUUGACCAUGACUACGAGCGGGAUGGGUUAAAGGAAAAAGUUUAUCAAAUGUUUCAGAGGUGGCUGAUGAAGGAAGGGAGCAAAGGAGCAACAGUGGGAAAGCUGGCCAGAGCUCUCUUUGCUAGCCAGAGGAUAGAUCUCCUUGCCAAAAUAAAGCAGGAGUCGGAAGUGAGUAACAAAUGAGAGUCAUAAACCAGCAUAAACUACUUUGCAGAGCUUCCUACAGGGAAAAGUAUGGACAUUUUGCUUUACAGUAUCUUGAUUGCCAUUAUGAAUGCUCUGGUGCUGCCUGUAUAGAAUUUGCCGUCAAAUGAAUGUAUUUGUAUAAUUUUAAUAAAAAAUACCAAUCCAAUAUAAAUGGACGCAAGACUGCUCCUCUAGCUUUAUUGUAAAUAAUAAAAUAUUAUCAGAUACAAAAACUGAAAGCAUAUAUCAAUCUUGAGUCUCUCACUAUUAGCAUAUAGUAAGAACCAAGCAAGGAAAGACUGAGGAAAACUGCACUUUCUAGCAAUACCACUGCUGUUGCUCUUCUUUUUUAAAUUAGUUUUUAUUAAAAGUUUUGUUUGUUUGUUACAAAACAGAUAAUCUCCUUGACAUCUGAUAGGAGGGUGUUCCACAGAGCGGGCGCCACUGCCAAGAAGGCCCCCUGCCUGGUUCCCUGUAGCCUCACUUCUCGCAGUGAGGGACAUAGCUGCCAAGUUUUCCCUUUUCUCGCGAGGAAGCCUAUUCAGCAUAAGGGAAAAUCCCUUUAAAAAAGGGAUAACUUGGCAGCUAUGGUGAGGGAACCACUGGAAGGACCUCAGAGCUGGACCUGAAAAAUGGGGGUUGAGAUGCUCCUUCAGCCACUGAUCUGCCAUUCAAUCCUGUACACGGGAUUUGAUCCUAAGGAACUGUGCACAGGAUUUCAGACUAAGUGUGGCUAAUCAUUGUAUCUCGAUGUUAUGGCUACUGUUGGACUGUGUUGUUUUGGAUUGGGCUAGUCCCAUUCUAUCUUUGGGGCUAACAGCAUGGAGAAUAGUCAGCGCACUAUGAACAGUCCAGUUUUAUGGAUGUCAGACUCACCACACCAUACAUAUGUACCAGGAACAUGGGUGGCGCUCUGGUAUAAACCACUGAUCCUCUUGGGCUUGCUGAUUAGAAGGUUGGCGGUUCGAAUCCCCACGACGGGGUCAGCUCCCAUUGCUCUGUCCCAGCUCCUGCCAACCCAGCAGUCCAAAAGCAUGCCAGUGCGAGUAGAUAAAUAGGUACUACUGCAGUGGGAAGGUAAACGGCAUUUCCGUGCACUCUGGUUUCAGUCACUGUGUUCCGUAGCACCAGAAGCGGUUUAGUCAUGCUGGCCACAUGACCCAGAAAGCUGUCUGUGGACAAACACCGGCUCCCUCUGCCAAAAAGUGAAAUGAGCACCACAACUCCAUAGUCGCUUUUGACUGGACUUAACUGUCCCGGGGUCCUUUACCUAGAUAUGUGCAAUACAUGAAUAACAAAUUCAUAUUUUGUCAAAAUCAUGGCAAAGCCUUCCAUUUCAGAUCUAGCUUGGCGUGGCCUCAGAAGGCAAGGAUUACAGAACAGUAGAAUGAUUUGUAAUGGUAGUGUUUUUGGUCUGCUAAUUCAUGUUGGGUGAAUUAUAUGUAGUUAAAAGGGCCAGGCAUGUGAAACCAUUCCAGA